CAUGGGUGGUCGGAGGGUGUGCAAAGUGGCCAACCGCACAAAGCCCUUAAAAAUUUAGGGCAUCAUAUUUUUAAAUUUGUUAAUAAUUUCAAAGUAAAAGUAUUCUAAAAAUGUAAAAUAGGACACAAAAUGUAAAUUUUGGACCGGGUCAAUUUUAUUUUUUGAUUUCUCGGGACCGGCCCUGCUAUGAACAUUGUUCUUUUUUCUUCAAUGAAUAAAAAAGACUUUGAACAUAGUGAACAAUGUCCAUCCGACAGAGGGAAUUAUUAGAUAAGAUCGAGGACAUUGAGAUUGUGACUAUAACAGAUGCAAUGGAUAGUGGAAAAUAUUUUACCGACGAAGCAGGAGCGAUCGACUACCGGAAGACCAGUCCUCCCAGAGCUCCUUCUUGGUCUUCCUCGUUCUUCCUCUAUAGCAACCCCUACUUCGCCAUCCUCCAUCGAGUGCAUCCGUAAAAGAUCCAACUUGGCAAAGAGCACCUCCCUCGUCUUCUUCGAUCGGUUGCACCCAUCUGGCCACUGUAAAACAACAAAUUUAAGAGAAUGACCGAAGUCAAUAUUGGUGAUGGAAAAGAUGGAAUCAUCACAUGUCACUAGAAUUUUUUAUUCUGAAAUUUUGAAGGAUGUAAUGAAAGUAUACAAAGUUU